CGCUUGUUAAACUUGUGUAGUCCGGAUCAAUGACACUGCCCGAAAUAUGCCAGUAAAAAGGGUAGCCAGUAACUUAAAGAAUGCGAACAAUCCGAUUUAGUAACACUCUAUCAUUCGUUCUGACAUCAUCAUACAGUAGUUUUUAUAGCUCAAAUCAGCUUGCAGUGAAUGGAAAAACCCUAAAAAAUUCAGUUAUAACAGAGACAAGUACUUGUCUCUGGUUAUAAUUCAUAUCUAACCUGACUUGAGUCAGCUGUUUCUGGUUUGAAAACUCCCCAAUCUGACACUUAUUUAGUUGGCUCUUAAAUCAAAUGAUGGGGAAAAUUUGCGAAUUAUUCUGUUAAAAAUGUAAAGUAUUGCUACUAGAAAGUUGCGGGGCGAAUUGCGGCUGUUUAUUAACCAAAAACUCGGCAAUACAGACCUGAGAAAGCAAUGAAUUUUGUGGAUGAUGACAGUGAUGAUGAGUUGCCCCCUGGCUGGGAAGAACGGGUAGCUACAGACGGUUCAGUUUAUUAUGCCAAUCACCUAACAAAGAACACCCAGUGGACACAUCCCAGAACUGGAAGAAAGAAGAAAGUGGCUGGAACACUUCCAUUUGGAUGGGAAAGAGUAGUUUCUUCAAAUGGAGAAGUAGUGUACGUGAACCAUGAAGACGAAAGCACCACUUAUACAGACCCUCGCUUAGCUUUCGCUGUGGAAGAAAAAGAACAUGCCAACGACUACAGACAACGAUUUGAUGCGUCCAGCACUGCCCUUGGGGUUCUUGUCGGCAGAGACCUUUCUGGCAGGAUUGCAGUAAUAACAGGGGCGAAUUCGGGAAUUGGGUUCGAAACAGCCCGAUCUUUGGCCAAACAUGGAUGCACCGUUAUAUUUGCCUGCAGAAAUCUGUCAGCUGCCGAAGAAGCCAUCGAAAAAAUCAGAACCGAAGAAAGACUGAACAUUGCUGAUAACUGUGUGGCUAUACAUUUGGAUCUAGUUUCGCUCGCAUCAGUUGUUCAAUUUGCAAAUACCAUCAAAAGCAGAUACAAGCACAUCGACAUGCUCAUUCUCAACGCCGGCGUUUUUGGGCUGCCGUUCUCCAAAACUCCAGAUGGACUGGAAAUGACUUUCCAAGUGAACCAUCUGAGCCAAUUCUACCUGACUUUAUUAUUAGACCCGCUUUUGAUCUUGGGAUCUCGCGUGGUAAUUGUCUCAUCAGAAUCUCAUAGGUUUUCCAGUCUAACUAUGGACAAUAUAGAGCCUCUGACACUUUCCCCGGACACAAGCCGACACUACUGGGACAUGACUGCUUAUAACAACUCGAAACUGUGCAAUGUCUUGUUCGGUCGUCAGCUAGCCAAAAAUCUUCAAAACAGAGGAAUAUCAGUAUUCAGCCUGCAUCCGGGAAAUAUGGUCGCCACUAAACUCAGCAGGAAUUGGUGGCUGUAUAAAUUGCUCUUCGCCUUUGUACGCCCCUUUACUAAGAGCCUUCAACAGGCCUCGGCGACGUCAGUUUACUGUGCUACAGCGCCUGAUGUGAUUGGAGUUACAGGAGUUUACUUUAACAACUGCUGCCCAUGCCAGGAAAGCGACGCGGCUCGCAAUGAUGAGAUGGCUCGGACUCUGUGGAACGUGAGCAUAGACAUGAUAAAAAAUAUUUUUGGAUCAAACGCUUCUGGGUUGGAUAAAAAGCUGAUCAAACCCGAGAAAUAUUUUAUUAGACGCAAUUUCGAUGAGAGCGAAUGAUGGAAAGUGAGUAUUGAUUUAACUGUUUAUUUUAUGUGAUUUGUACGGAUUUCAUAGUUUUCAUAGAUUUUUGUUAUCAUAGUUUUGUUAUUUAGCCAAUGUUUUGGGGUUUACAUAACGGCUUAAACAAUAUUUUGCCAUAGAAAAAAGUUUUGUUGAAAUAAGUAAUUCGCCUUCCGUGGCUUCCUAAGCUAUGCUUUAUAGCAAAGCCUCAAGGCUGAUUUUGUGCACAUUCAUAUCUUCCUUUCUACAUAAAAAUAGUUCAUCGCUACCCAACCCUAUGCACUUGCUGAAAACGCGCAUUUAAUUACCUCGUAGAAGUUAUAAUACAUAUCAUUAACUCGAUUUAUGUCAAUUUCUUAUGUGUCCAAAGCUGGUGUGGAAAAGCAAACAAAUAACACCAAAAACAGAGAACCAAAACGUAUUUUAAAAUGUAUAAUUAAUAGACGGAAAAACAUAGUUAACAUCCAAUAUUAAAGUUACUGUAUUAUUAGAACUUAAGCAGAAAUAAGAUAGGAAUGUAUUGAGCUGUGUAAGCUUUAGUGAGUUAAACUUACAGUAGACAAAAGUAGUUAAAAACAACAAUUAUAAAAGCAAGUACAUGUAUAAAGAAAUGACCCGCUUUCGACAUAAUCGAGUGUUUUGAGAAACCGAACAAAGCAUUAAAAAAUUGGUGGAGAUUUCUGAAAUAUAGAAAGAAAAAAUAUUGGUUCAGUUCCUUAAAACAAAGUCAAUAUGCCCAAGAUUGGUCGAUUUCUGUGAACUUCGUCCACAACCACAGUACUGUAGUUUAACUAGCCUUAAGUAUAAUUUAUAAGUUCCAUGAAUCUUCUAUGCUAUCAGGGUACUAAAAUGCGUAAGCACAAAAAGACAAGAGUGUAACGAUUCAAAAACAGACUUAUUACAAUAUUGACAAAUAUAUUUAUCUAUGUAAUGGAGGAAACGUAUAACAAUGGUAGCACAGGUGUCUGAGUUAUCAUUUAGGAUUAUUAAAUAUUUUCUAGUGAUGUAAAUACAAACCUAUUAAAUUCAACUGAGAAUAUA